UUUGAACUGAAAAUAUAUUAUUAGCUGUUUAUAUAUAUAUAAAUAAUAUUCCGUAUAUUAAUGACAUAUUUCUGCUCUAGAUUAGAUCUCCUUUUUUUGAAAAUCUCUCUUCAACUUUAACUCAGUUCUUGGAUUUCUAUCGUUAAUUAAUCACAUUCUUCCAAAAUGUUGAACAUUGUCAAGAACAGUCCUCUCGUUGUUUUAUUCUCAAUCUUUUCAUGCUUGUUUCAGCUUUCCAUAGCAGCAAGUAGUCAAGCCAGUACCUCUACUUCUACUCCAGAGGUUGAAGUAGUUGGAAAUAAAUUUUAUUUCUCCAAUAAUGGUUCACAAUUCUUAAUUAGAGGAAUUGCCUACCAGCAAAAUACUGCCAAUGACUCAACAUCAAGUUUUCAAGACCCUUUGGCUGAUCAAGCAUCAUGUCAAAGAGAUGUUAAAUAUUUCCAAGCCUUGAACACCAAUGUAUUAAGAGUAUAUGCUGUAAAUUCAAGUCUUAACCAUGAUGCCUGUAUGAAAAUAUUUGCUGAUGCCGGUAUUUACAUUAUUGCUGAUUUAUCUGAACCUGAUAUUUCUAUUAACAGAGAUUCUCCAGAAUGGAAUUUAGAUUUAUAUCAGAGAUAUACAUCCGUCGUUGAUAUGUUUUCAAACUAUACGAAUGUUUUAGGCUUUUUUGCAGGAAAUGAAGUAACCAACAAUGUUUCAAAUACUGAUGCUUCCGCUUUUGUCAAAGCAGCAGUCAGGGACAUGAAGAAGUAUAUCAGUGAUCAAAAUUAUAGAAAGAUUCCAGUGGGUUAUUCUUCUAACGAUGAUGAAGAAACUAGAGUUGCCAUUGCUGACUAUUUUUCUUGUGGGGAUUUAUCAGAAAAGGCUGACUUUUUUGGUAUCAAUAUGUAUGAAUGGUGUGGUAAUUCUUCUUUCCAAGCUUCUGGUUAUGAAGAAAGAACAGAAGAAUACAAAAAUUUAACUAUCCCCAUUUUCUUUUCAGAAUAUGGUUGUAACGCUGACUUGCCUCGAAGAUUUACUGAGAUUGGUACUAUAUUUAGUUCAGAAAUGACAGAUGUUUGGUCUGGUGGUAUUGUUUAUAUGUAUUUCCAAGAAGCAAAUAAUUAUGGUUUAGUAUCAGUAGAUGGAACUUCUGUCUCCACAAUGGCAGAUUAUCAAUAUUAUUCUUCCGAAAUUAAUAAUAUUAGUCCAACAUAUGCUCAAUCCGCUAGUGCAUCUGCAGAAGCAACUCAAACUUUGGUUUGUCCUGUUGAGGCACCAACUUGGAUGGCUUCUGAAAACUUGCCUCCCACUCCAGAUGAAGAUUAUUGUAACUGUGUGGCUCAAUCUCUUAAGUGUGUUGUCGCCGAUGAUGUUGAUUCCUCAAAGUAUGGUGAUUUGUAUGGAACUGUUUGUGCUUAUGUGGACUGUUCUGAUAUUUCUGCCAAUGGUACUUCUGGAUACUACGGAAAGUACUCUUACUGUUCCGAUAAGGAUAAGUUGUCUUACGUCUUAAAUGCUUAUUAUGAAAAGGAAAAUGAAAAUUCUUCUGCUUGUAACUUUUCAGGUUCUGCUUCUAUCAACAGUAGCGCAAGUUCAAGUAGUUGUUCUUCAAAUUAUACUCCAACUGGUAACAGUAAUCUGAACAGUAAUAAUGGGACUAGCUCCGAUUCUAACUCAAGCUCAAGCUCAAGUAGUACCAAUAGUUCAAGUUCAACCAAGAAAUCUUCAGGUUCCUAUACUGUCAAGACUAUUUCUAAGACUGAGCUCUUGGCCAUUACUACUAUUGUCACAGCAUUUAUGUGUGGUAUUUCCAUUGUUAUCUUUGAAUAAAUAAUAUGAUAUCCCAAGUCUUUUAUAUAUAGAUCGCUAAUUAGAGCAAAUAAAAUGAAUACAUUCAAAAAUUAUAUUUAUUACUGAAUCUUUCUAAUGCAACUCUAUUAAUUAGUGACCAUAAAAAUUUCGUUAAGUGCCUUUUCAUCCAUGACCGAUGCUCUCUUCUGUCUGAUCCACUUUGCUCUGACCGAUAGUCUAGUGGAUAUUGGCUUAUGGCCGCCAGAAACUGGCUCUAUGC